AUGUCUGCUCUUGUAACACCUGCCAAAUUGGGGGUUUUGCAAACUGAUUGUGGUACAAAUUUUACCAGCAGAAACUUUAAAAGGAAGAUUGAGGAGCUAGGAGUCAAACAUACAACCUCGACUCCCUAUCAUCCUGAAAGUCAGGGCCAGGUGGAGAGGUUCCACCAAACCUUGAAGAGUGUUUUGAAGAAAUUCUGUUUCGAGACUGGUAGCGAGUGGGACAAAGAAUUGCAGUAUGCAUUAUUUGCUACUAGAUCUAUUCAAAAUGAAACCAUUGGGCUCUCUCCUUUCAAACUAGUCUUUGGUCAUAAUGUGAGAGGUCCUCUUGAUGUGGUCAGGGAGCACUGGGAAGGGGAAACUCCGGAGAUCAAUCGUUUGGAUCCAGAUAAAGCUUCUUCCCUUGUUGACUUAAUAAAUCAAUAUAAAGACCUUUUUCAGGAUGCACCGGGAUUGACCACUAUUUUAGAACAUGAUGUAGACGUUGGGGACACCCAACCUAUAAAACAAUGCCCUUACAGGUGA